AUGGAUGUUAAUCCGUCACAAAAUAGCUCUCAAUAUCAAGGUGAUUAUUGGAGCCAGAAUAACGAAUUUUCUUACCCCAACAUUAAUAAUGACAUUAAUAAUGAAUCAAGCAUUAAAGUUGAACCAAUAAACCGUGCUUCAGAUUUAGCAAAUAAUUUUUUAUCUACUCUCACUCUUCCUACUGAUUUAUAUACGAAAACUGAAGAAAAUGCUGAUCAAAUGGUUUUUCAUACAAAUGAAGACCAAAUUUUUCAUCAUCGUGAUCGUACUCAUGAAAGAAGUGAACAACAUCGAUCCAAAGAAAAUGAUGAUUGGGACUGUCUAACUCCUAUUAAUAGAAGAAGAAGGAAGUUAAACAAUUGGGAUGUGGCACCACCAGGAUAUGAAGGAAUGACAGCAGAGCAGGUUAAAGCCACAGGAUUUUUUCCACUUCCUGGACAACCUGCCACUACAAGACCAUCAGCGGUCCCAAAUUCCCCAAUAAUAUCUGGAAUGGAUCCAUCAAGGGCAGCAAUGAUAUUGGGUAUGACACAUGAGCUUCCACCGCAGUCUAAAGUUAGUCAGGGAGCAGCAGGUCCAGUUGCACAGACUGCAUCAUUAGCAAGACAGGCUAGACGACUUUAUGUUGGUAAUAUUCCAUAUGGUAUUGAUGAGAAUGGCUUAUCAGAAUUUUUCAACACUACAAUGCUUCAAUUGAAUAUUACUACUGCAUCUAGCAAUCCAGUUACAGCUGUUCAAAUCAAUCAUGAUAAAAACUAUGCAUUUGUUGAAUUUCAUGCACCUGAAGAAGCUACAGCUGCAAUGGCAUUUGAUGGAAUUACAUUUCAAGGUCAAUCAUUAAAGAUUCGUCGGCCAAAAGAUUAUCAACCUCCACCUGGGCAAAAUCUUGAGCCACCACCAAUACAUGUGCCAGGAGUUGUAUCUACAAAUGUACCAGAUAGCCCAAAUAAAAUCUUUAUUGGUGGUCUACCAACCUAUUUAAAUGAUGAACAAGUUAUGGAACUUUUAAAAUCUUUUGGAGAAUUGAGAGCUUUCAAUUUAGUUAAAGAUACUUUAUCAUGUGUCUCUAAGGGAUUUGCAUUUUGUGAAUAUGUUGAUCCAAGUGUGACAGAUUUAGCUUGUCAAGGUUUAAAUAAUAUGGAGCUUAGUGAUCGUAAAUUAGUAGUUCAGAGAGCUAGUAUUGGAUCAGCUAAGAACUUGGGUGUUUCAAUGGUUCUACCAUCUUCAGUUCUUAUUCCAGCUGGAAAUGGAGAAAUGCAGCCAACUACUGUUCUUCAACUUCUUAAUAUGGUUACUCCUGAGGAAUUAGUAGAUGAUGAAGAAUAUGAAGAUAUAGUUGAGGAUGUUAGAGAAGAAUGUUCUAAGUUUGGUUCUAUCAUUGAUAUGAAAAUUCCUAGGCCAGGCCAAUCAACUACUGGUAUUUUUGUAAGGUUUGAUUCUGCAGAGGCAGCUGGUAUAGCACUUCGAGCACUUGCAGGAAGAAAGUUUGCUGAACGUACAGUUCUUACAUCAUAUUUUAGUUUAAAAAUAAAAUAUGUUAUAAAUUAA